UAUUUUCAUGACUACUAAAGAGUAUUCACCGAAAAUGGCGACUUUGAUAGUGGGGCGAAUGAUUAUUAAAAAUUCGAUAGCGCUGAAUUCGAAAAUAAUUCCAACGGCUUAUAAACAGUUAUGGCAAUGUCAACAAAGAUCAUUUUCAUACUCCGCCAAGCGUUUGGCCCAACCAGUUGCACAAAAGAAGACAUAUGCAAGAGAUAAACCUCAUAUGAAUAUCGGAACAAUCGGCCAUGUGGAUCACGGUAAAACAACCUUGACAGCGGCUAUUACGAGAGUUCUGUCGGAUGAAAACAAAGCGAAAUUUAGCCGUUAUGAAGACAUUGAUAGAGCACCAGAAGAAAGAUCGAGGGGCAUUACAAUAAACGCAGCUGUUGUAGAAUAUGAAACUGAUAGUAGACAUUAUGGGCAUGUUGAUUGUCCAGGCCAUGCUGAUUUUAUCAAGAACAUGAUCACAGGAACCGCGCAGAUGGAUGGCGCCAUACUUGUUGUAGCCGCUACAGACGGAACCAUGCCCCAGACAAGGGAACACCUUUUGCUUGCUAAACAGAUCGGUAUUAAGAAAAUUGUGGUAUUUUUAAAUAAAGCCGACCAAGCAGAUGCAGAAAUGCUAGAGCUAGUUGAAAUGGAAGUUAGGGAGUUGUUGGCAGAAUUCGGCUACGAUGCUGAGGAAACGCCAAUUAUUGCUGGAUCUGCUCUGAAUGCUCUGGAUGGCCAAAACGAAGAAUUGGGUUUAAAAAAAGUUAAAGAGUUAUUAAAUGCUGUAGAUACCUAUCUACCACAGCCAGUUCGUGAUUUAGAGAAGCCAUUUUAUAUGCCCAUUGAGUCAACUCACUCAAUUCAAGGAAGGGGUACAGUUGUGACUGGACGAGUUGAGCGAGGAGUUAUCAAAAAAGGUGAUGAAUGUGAAAUCAUGGGCUUUGAUAGAACUAUUAAAAGUACCAUAACUGGCAUAGAAAUGUUUCAUAAAAACCUUGACACAGCCGAGGCAGGGGAUCAACUAGGAGCACUCAUUAGGAAUAUAAAACGGGAUGAUGUAAAAAGAGGGUUCAUCAUGGGGAAGGUUGGAACAAUGAAGAUGUAUAAUCACAUUGAAGCCCAAAUUUAUCUCAUGACAAAAGAAGAAGGAGGUCGCUCCAAACCAAUGUUAAAUUUCUUUCAAGCUCAUGUUUUUAGUACCACGUGGGAUGCUCCAGCUUUCAUGAAAAUACCUGCCAAAGAAAUGGUUAUGCCAGGAGAAGAUGCUACAAUUAUUUUUACCUUCUUGAAGAAAAUGGUACUAGAAGAAGGUCAGAGAUUCACAAUGAGAGAUGGACAUGGUACAUUAGGAUAUGGUGUUGUUGCUAAGUGCUUGGCAGAUGCAAACCUAGAGGAAUUUUAUGCUAAGAAAAAGGCCCAUUCUAAAGCGAAAGCGCUUAAAAAGGAAGAGUUGUAGAUAGUUCUGUAUUAUAAAUCUUUAAUCAUUAAAGUGGACAAUAGAUUUAUUUGAUGAAAAUAAAUGUAACUUUGUUAA